AUUCAUCGAACAUCAAUGAACGCGGCCAGAUCGAACUCCCUCAGCAAGCUCCGGCUGCUAAAUCACCUGCUACAGGCGCCCAUUCUAAAGCAAUCAUCUCUUCUCUCCGGUCAACUCUCUCCUUUCGUCACCUCAGUCCGCUAUUUCCGCAACGCUCGUGACCCUAGUGCGAGAUAUGAAAUUCCGCCGCCGGUAAAUUGGGGAGUACGAAUUGUGCCUGAGAAAAAGGCGUAUGUUGUUGAGCGGUUUGGGAAAUAUGCAAAGACAUUGACUCCUGGAAUUCAUGUGUUGAUUCCUUUUGUUGAUAAAAUUGCGUAUGUGCAUUCACUCAAGGAGGAGGCUAUUCCUAUACCGGAUCAGUCCGCCAUUACUAAGGACAAUGUCAGCAUUUUGAUUGAUGGGGUUCUCUAUGUUAAGAUUGUGGACCCUAAAUUGGCCUCGUAUGGGGUUGAGAAUCCUCUAUAUGCGGUAAUUCAGCUAGCACAAACAACUAUGCGCAGUGAGCUUGGUAAGAUCACACUGGAUAAGACUUUUGAAGAAAGGGACACUUUGAAUGAAAAGAUAGUGAUGGCUAUUAACGAUGCUGCAACAGAUUGGGGCUUGAAAUGUCUUCGAUAUGAAAUAAGGGAUAUAUCUCCUCCUCGUGGGGUUAGAGCGGCUAUGGAGAUGCAGGCCGAAGCAGAACGCAAAAAAAGGGCUCAAGUUCUGGAGUCAGAAGGAGAAAGGCAGGCAAAUAUUAAUAUUGCAGAUGGAAGGAAGAGUUCAGUGAUCCUUGCCUCAGAAGCUGCAAAAAUGGACCAAGUCAACAGAGCGCUAGGUGAAGCGGAAGCAAUCCUCGCAAGGGCACAAGCUACAGCAAAAGGGAUUGCAAUGGUGUCACAAACGCUUAAGGAGCAUGGCGGUGCAGAGGCAGCAAGUUUGAGGAUUGCAGAACAGUAUAUACAAGCCUUCAGUAAUAUUGCAAAGGAGGGCACAACGCUGUUGCUUCCUACAAGUGCUGCUGAUCCUGCUAGCAUGAUGGCUCAAGCUCUUGGCAUAUAUAAAAACGUAGUGGGCAAGAAUCCUGUCACUGAGCCUGGGACCUCUCAAUCUAAGUUGACCAGAAACAACAGGCAGAGUGAUUCAUCUGCAGUAAACGGCGAUGACAGCUCUCUUACUGCAAAAUCUGCUGAUGAGGAUCAUCUGGGUGAUCCCGUUUUCUCGUUGCAAAGCCACAAAAAGGAUGAUUGAGUGUCUAGGGGGAAGUUCUCAUUUCUAUUUUCUUAAUUUUGUGGAGUAUCUAGCCGUACAUGCAUCGGAUUCUUGAUUAGAUACUUUGGCAAUGAUUAGAGUGCCUACAUGGAACUCUGCCGUUGAUAACUGUUUUUCUGAGGAUGGCUGCUUAGUUCCGGAUGAGGCUGCUUGGAAAGUAGAAAAGUGGUAUAAAAAGAAAUAGAGAUAGUGGCAGUUAAGAGCAUUAUACUGAUUGACUCUCCUUCAUAUUUCGAAGGAUGAAGCAUUUCCACAGAUUUAUUGUUUUGGAGAACUUCAAAGAUGUCCUCAAGCGCAUCAUCGCGUGGGGAACGUGAACUUUUCACUCGCCACUUUUUUAUGCUGUUUUUAAUUACUAUCUUGUGGGUAAGAUAUGUCGUCCGAUUUCCCAGUUUUUUAACUUUAGUUUACUUCUAUAAAAUAAGUUUAACUUGCUGCUACUA